AAAGAAAAACCUACUAAGUAAACCCAAAAAACAAAAAUAUAGAUCCUAAGCUAUUUGUUUUUAAAUUAAUUUUAUUUAAAAAAAAUGCGUAAAAUUCACGCCCAAAAAGCAGAGUAAAGUACUGAAAAAUCAAUCCCUAUAAAACCGUUAAGUUAACUGAUUCAUUCAUUUCAUUUCAUUUCAAAUACUGUAAAAUCUCAAAUCAAUCAAUCACUCCCAAAAUUUCAUUUCCAUUUCAAUUUCAAUUUCAAUUUCAUUUCCGUUUGAUUUGAUGGGUACUUCUCAGAGCCGCGAAGGCCGUGAAUUUUCCGAUUCCGACUCCGAUUACGACGAUGAACACCAACACGAUGAAGAAGAAGAAGAACAAGAUCAAUAUCAAGACGCUCAAACUUCUUCUCAAUCCCAUUCCACACAGCUAGAUGAAGUAGACGCUAAACUCAGCGCUUUAAAACUCAAAUAUUCAUCUUCUUCUUCUUCACAAUCACAAUCAAAAUCACAACCACACACAAAAACACCGCUUCCUAAAAACGCCGUCAAACUUUACCUUCACAUCGGCGGCAACACUCCUAACGCAAAAUGGAUCAUCUCCGACAAACGCACUUACUACGAAUUCGUCAAAUUCGACGAAGACGAUUACGAAGAUGAGGAACAAAACGACGUCGCUCAAGGCCAAUGGAUUCUCAAAGUCGGUUCCAAAAUUCGCGCUAGGGUUUCCACCGAACUACAAUUGAAGAUGUUAGCCGAUCAACGCCGUGUCGAUUUUGUAUCUAACGGUGUCUGGGCUCUUAAAUUCCCCACCGAUGAAUCAUACCGGAAAUUCGUCACCGAAUUUCAGGACUGUACUUUCGAGAAUGUUUAUGGUUUAUCUCCAACUGAAGAACACAAGAUCAAGGUUUAUGGUAAGGAGUUUAUCGGUUGGGUUAAGCCUGAAGCCGCUGAUGAUUCCGUUUGGGAAGAUGCAGUUUCUGAUGACGGUUCUUGGAAGACACCAGAGCCUUAUAAAUCUAGAGGUGAUUUGAUGGAGGAGUUUGAAGAGGCUGCAAAUGGAGGUAUUCAAACCCUAACCCUAGGAGCACUUGACAACAGUUUCCUUCUCAAUGAUGCCGGUUUUCAGGUUUACCGGAAUUUUGAUCGCGGGAUUCGCAAGGGCGUUGCUGUGAAAUUCGAAGGUGGAAACCUUCGGAAUCAGACGCCGGACAAGGCGUUGUUGAUGAGGGCAGAGACUAAUAUGAUGCUGAUGAGUCCGAUGAAUAGUGGAAAGCCACAUGCUUCGAAGCUUCACCAGCUUGAUAUAGAAACUGGGAAGAUUGUUACAGAGUGGAAAUUCGAGAAAGAUGGGGCUGAUAUCACAAUGAGGGAUAUCACAAAUGAUACUAAGGGGUCACAGUUGGAUCCCUCUGAAUCAACUUUCUUAGGGUUGGAUGAUAACAGACUCUGUCAAUGGGAUAUGCGUGAUAGAAAAGGAAUUGUUCAGAAUAUAGCUACGGCUAGUUCUCCGGUGUUGCAUUGGAACCAGGGCCAUCAAUUUUCAAGAGGAACUAACUUUCAGUGCUUUGCAACAACUGGAGAUGGUUCAAUUGUGGUGGGUUCCCUUGAUGGGAAAAUAAGAUUGUAUUCGAAGACAUCGAUGAGGAUGGCUAAGACUGCUUUUCCAGGGCUUGGUUCGCCGAUUACAAGUGUUGAUGUUACUUUUGAUGGAAAGUGGGUGUUGGGUACAACUGAUACUUAUUUGGUGCUGAUUUGUACAUUGUUUACUGAUAAAGAUGGGAAGACAAAGACUGGUUUUGGUGGUCGUAUGGGAAACAGGAUCGGUGCUCCUAGAUUGUUGAAGCUCACCCCUCUGGAUUCGCAUUUGGCUGGCACUACCAAUAAGUUUCAUGGUGGACAUUUCUCAUGGGUCACUGAGAAUGGUAAACAAGAACGCCACCUUGUUGCGACUGUGGGCAAGUUCAGUGUGAUAUGGGAUUUUCAGCAGGUAAAGAACAGUGCCCAUGACUGUUACAGGAAUCAACAAGGGCUGAAAAGCUGUUACUGUUAUAAGAUAGUAUUGAAGGACGAGUCAAUCAUAGAAUCACGAUUUAUGCAUGACAAAUAUGCUGUUACUGAUUCCCCUGAAGCUCCGUUGGUGGUAGCAACUCCUAUGAAAGUUAGCUCUAUCAGCCUGUCUGGAAAGCGACCCGGUUAAGCCAUUGAUUACAUUUUCUUUUCUGUUUUUUGUUUUAAGGUUCAAAUUUCCUAGUGUUAGAACUUAGAGUGCUUUCCACAAUGUAUUGCUUGUAUUCAAGUCUUUGUGAUGCAAUUUAUUCUUCUGUACAAAAAAUUUUAGGCUGCCCUGUAACUGUUUUCUUUCUUACACUGGUCAUUUUGUGAUUACUACAAGUUUGGGUUUGGUUAUUUUGUGAUUACAAGUUUGGGUUUGCAGAGAAUGAUGAAAUGUCCUUUUUAAUUUCCAAAUUUAAUGAAAUAGUAGUUUGUUUUGAAAUAGCUUCA